ACUGAAUGAGUCCAUCUUCGGCUGUCGGACGGACUCCCCGAGAGCACGAGACGGGUGCAAACGGACCAAACACACCUUUUUGCGAUUCAAAACACCUUCAGCAUCUCCGCCGACGGUGUUGUAGCCGAGCCGGGUGAGCCUGACGCCGGGGAACCAGUCGUCUCGCAGGGAGGGAGAAGAUGCCAUUCCACCAUGUGCGCGCGGGCCUGCUCUAUCCAGACAACUACCUGAGCAGCUCCCUGACGGAGGGCAGCGAAGCCUUCCAGCUCAACAGCAUCUCCACGGAGGAGCUGGGGGAGAUCCGUGAGGCGUUUCGUGUUUUAGAUCGUGAUGGGAAUGGUUUCAUCUCCAAACAGGAGCUGGGUAUGGCCAUGCGCUCCCUGGGUUACAUGCCCAGCGAAGUGGAGCUGGCCAUCAUCAUGCAGAGACUGGACAUGGAUGGGGACGGCCAGGUAGAUUUUGAGGAGUUCAUGACGAUACUGGGGCCCAAACUGCUGUCAUCUGACAACAGAGAAGGAUUUCUGGGCAACACCAUUGACAACAUCUUCUGGCAGUUUGACAUGCAGCAGCUGUCUCUUGAUGAGCUGAAGCAGGUGCUCUUCCACGCCUUCAGGGACCACCUGACAAUGAAGGACAUAGAGAACAUCAUCAUCACCGAGGAGGAGAGCCUAAAUGAAACAGGAAACUGCCCUGAGUAUGAAGGAGUCCAUCCUAAGAAGAAGAAUCGACAGACGUGUGUCAGGAAAAGCCUGAUCUGCGCCUUCGCCAUGGCUUUCAUCAUCAGUGUCAUGCUCAUCGCAGCCAAUCAGAUGCUGCGGAACGGCAUGGAGUGACCGAUUGCACUGUGAGCGCGGGGAGUCACGACCUCACACCUUGUCUUUGUAGCCAAAGCAGGAGCAGCCACAACCCCGAGCACUUCUCUAAACAAUCAGUUGAGUUGUUUUGUUUGUUUAAUUUGACCUUAACUUAUUGAAGCAGUAGACGUGAGUGAUAUGAAGAGAGGUAUAUGUGUUUUGCACUGAAGAUGUCACCAUGUGGACACACAAGGAAGAAGUGGGAAAUAAUUAUGUUUUUAUAUAUAAACUGUGAAAAUUAAUCGAGCAUAUUAUUUUGACCGCCUUUUAAAUUUGAUUUUCGAGUAACCGAAAAUGUUCAUAAGGUGCUAUGAGCCGUUCCUUAUUUCAAAAUCAAAUUUAUUAUGGACAACGGCAUAUUUACAAUAGAGAAGUAGCGCUGAAUGUGAGUGAAUGUUGGUGCUGAAUGUUGGUCAGAGUAUUUGAAUGUACAUUAAAUCACUCACAUCUCAUAUAGUAACGUAUAAACAUAACUCCUUAUGUGGAGAAUUGACUCACUCGACUCAGUCCACUAAUCUUGGGGCACAGAAGUCUUUCUGUAGAUCUAAAAGGAGCACAACUCAACCCUCAGUGGGGGAUCAGUUCAGGACCAUCACUGUCCGCUCGUCUGUGCUAUUAAGUCUUGACAUUGAUUGAUUGAUUAAUCCCUCAACGUGUGUGUGUGCGUGUGUGAGUGUGAGAGAGAGAGAGAGAAAGUACAUGAUGUAAGCUCAGGCACUCUGAGAGGUUAAAAAUGUAUCAAAGUAGAGCUCUGUUUUUGGCUAUUAGUUUGACCAGUUAGAUUAUAAUAUUGUUGAUAAUGUGUUAAUAGAAAAUAUUUCCCCUCAGCAUCUCAUGUUGCCAAACUGUGGUAAAUAUAAACCGCACAAAAAGCAUGCCAGUUUAUAUACUGCCAUAUCAAACUACACUAACUCCCAUGGAUUUCACUGUAUAUAUAUAUAUAUAUAAUGUAGUACUUGUGUGUGUUUCUUUUUUUUUCAAGCAGAAUGUAUGAAGGGUAGAAACUAGUGAGAUAAUUCAGGGAUGUACAGCAGAGCUUUGCCGUGCUGUACGAGCAGCUGUUUUCUUAGAAAAGGUUGCAGUCUAGUGGUUAAAAUGAGAUUUGCAUCGAAAACACUUGAACAACCACGUUUACGUGUAGAACAACGCCAGUGUAUUUGAGCUCGGGUUUUGUGUUGUGCCAUUUAUCACUGGAGCCCUUUCGGUCUGUGUGUGGGUGAACAUUCACCAUUUCUAGUGGCCAAACAAACAAACAGUUUUCCCCCCACAACCAAAAUGUGGCCGUCGUACCAGUUGGUACAGCUCGGGAUCGGAUGCGAGACAGAGGUGACUGCUGCAGUUGGUGUGAUAGGAUGUGUUGGCUCUGGCGUCGUAGCUGGGUGUUAUAGUUUAGACCUGAUAGCACUGCCAUUUUAGAAAGCGCAUAGUGGUGACAACAUUUCAGAAACACCUUGUAGGAGUUUAACGAUCACGUUCCUCCUCUUCUGUCGUGCCGAUGAUGUUGAUCGUGCCAGGGACGCCUGGAGGUGGGGGAUUGGGAAACUCCAUUGUUUAUCUACUGACAUUGUAAUGUCAUUUUCAUAUUCCAGUAAUGUUUUCCAAAAAUGUCACGACUGAGAAUACGUUUUUAUCAAACACAUUUAAAGAGUCAGUGGAACACAGAACUUUACCGUGAAGAUAAUUUCUAUGAUUUUAUACGUGAUUAUUUUGUGAUAUCAAUAGAUACCGUGAACAUAUUUUCAUUAAUGUUGUGAGAAUUAUUUCUACACGGUCCAAUGUUGAUGCCAUCUUUGAAAUACACUGUUAGUUUAUACGGAUUGCAACAUCAUGUGUCAUAAUAACAGCAACAUGUGGAUUCCUAAAUCGCACGGUGCUCCCAUGAUUGGAUCUGAUACCUUGAAGCCAUUAUUUAUUCUUCUGUCUGAUGAUAACCAAACUAAUAUAUUUCAAUCGUACCAAUGUGCAGCCAUGUGAGUUUAUACGCUGUCCGGGUAAGACAAAACGUAAAGAGAGGGCUUUCUCUGGAAACUAAAAUAUUGCUUUGUAAAAUCAAAUAUCACAGCAAAAAAAGUCUCUUCAUGCUGUAAAUCAGUAUGCAUGUUGUUUAGAUUUUCACGUCCUUGAACAACAGGGUAAUCCAUUUAUUCUUUCUUUACUGUGGCACUGCCCUGUGUUGUACCACUCCCACAGAUUUGACUUUCCAGUUGAUUCCGUAAUAGCCAUUUCCUUUCUCAAAUUUAUACCAGCUAUUAAUCAAAUCGGAGUGAAGGAGAGGGCAUUUUUAUAAAUAUGCAAAUACAAGGUCACAUCGUCAUCGUCCCUGUUUCUCGUCCUCUGGGUUAGAAGACUGUUGGCCUCACUGUGGGUGGUUAAAACUGACAUUGGUGUGUUUUAGUCACAUUAGUUUUUAUUGAACGGUCUCACUGCCUCACUGUCCUGUAUAAACUGCUGUGUGACGUACGCUCCACUAAUCCCCGUCAGUCAGUUUGUGUCUUUGAUAUUGUCAGCACAUUUGGCAUUUGACCAACGGAUUUGGUCCUUUUGAAACCAGCAUAGACCACUUUAUCUUUACCCUUCUGUAAUAACUGUUACUAUCAGACACCCUUGCCUGGCUGUGCAAGGGGAACUUAUUUGAAAAACCUUUCAUCAACACUUUUGAAGUUUACAUUAUGAUACUGUACAUCUUUAACAUGACGGAAUGGGUUGAUGAUUUUCAUGUUUUUGACAGUUGCUUUGGUGAUAUGUUUUUACCAAAACAUGUUUUUACCUUGUAGAUUAUGUAGAGAUAAAACUAAACACAGAUAUGUUAUACAACACUGGCAUGCUGCUUUGAAAAGGAGAAAGAAAACAGCAAUAGUUGCCAACCAAAUGGAUAUUUAAAAAUGCAAAUAACAAGUUUAAACUGUUUAAUCUAAAAGAAAUAUAUCCAUAUAUGUUUAUGCAAUAAAACCUUGUUUUUAUAGACA